AUGGCGACGCUUCGGGUCCGACCCGCGGGGGUUCUCGUAUCGACCCGCGGUCAUCGCGUCGCUCACCGCCGCGCCGACCGCCGCCUCGCGGCUCGAUCCGAUUACUCCACCAACGACCGCGACGUCUCGGUCGAGAAACCACCCUCCGACGAUGGCGCGAAACAAACCCCGGUGAAGAAAGUGGUGGUCAUCGGCGGGGGGCUCGCCGGGUUGGGAUGUCUCGCGUCACUCAGCGGACAUAAACACAUCAACGCGACGCUGCUGGAGUCCACCCGGGUCCUCGGCGGCAGGGUCCGCUCCAAGGCGGCGCUCGGGGCGCUCGCGUGGGACCAAGGCGCGUCGUACUUCACCGCGAAAGAUCCGUCAACCCCGUUCGCGGAGGUGCUCAGGAAGGGCCGGGCCGACGGCGUCGUGGAGCUGUGGGCCGGGGGCGACGCGUCACCGGGCGCCAGGGUAGGGACCAUGUGCACCAAGGAGGAGGCCGGCGGCCACGUCCUGGACGAAUCGUCUUGGGAACCGUUCGCCGCCUCGAAGGAGCUCUACGUCGGCGUCCCCAGCAUGGCCGAGCUCCCGGUGUUCGUGGCCGAGAAGGUCGCCAACGCCGUGAGACCCGAGGCGUCGUGGCUGGGCGACAACGCCGUGCCGGGGACGCCCGAGUACCUCACGAACGCGUUCGCGGACAGGAUCCAGGCGCUGCGCACGCAGGACACCGGGACCUGGCCGGCCAACGUCCCGCACUCGGGAUCCGACAGAAACUGGGGAUUGAUGAUUCGGUGCCGCGAGGGCGGGCACAUGUGGUACAAACCUUGGGAGAGCGACGUCGUCGUGCUCGCCACGCAGGCCCCGGCCGCGGCGAAGCUCACGGCGCAGAUAUUGAAAUCGGUCGGCGCGGACGGAGACGGCGGCAACGGAUACGGAAUAGCGUCCAAGAUUCUCGCGAUGGCGUCGGCUGCGGAUCGAAUCAGAGGGAACCAUUGCUGGUCAUUGACGGUUGCGUUCGCCGAGCCGUUGAACUUACCGUACGAGGGAGUCAUGAUGAAGGAGCCGUUCGACGGCGGCAUCGCGUGGUUCGCGAACAACUCCAGUAAGCCCGGCCGGCCCGAGCCCGGUAAGGGAAAGGGCGCUCAGACGGCGGGAUGGGCGUAUCGAUGGGCGGAGGUUGGCACUUCCCUGACGGUGGGCCAGGGCGAGUGCUGGGUCGUCCAGGCGUCGCCCGAGUGGAGCAACGAGCGAGCCGAGAUGUCACCCGACGAUGCCGCGAAGGAGCUCUGCGACGCCUUCUUGAAACUCGUCGGCAGAAGCGAAAGUGAGGUCAAGCCGGUGCACGUAAAGGCUGUGAUUUGGAAAUUCGCAUACCCGCUCAAUCCGGCGGGUGACCCGAGCGACGAUUCCAAACGUUACCUGUUCGAUCCCGACCUCGGUCUCGGGGCGUGCGGGGACUGGACGUCGGGACCGCGCGCCGGGGACGCGUACGACAGCGGGGUGGCGCUCGGCCGCGCCGUCGCGGAGCACCUCGCGAGCGAGCUUAACCAGAAGGAGACGUCGGAGAGAGAAGGCAAGGCGAGAUAGCGUAGGUGUAAAUGUUCCUAAGGUUUAUUCGC